AUGGCAAGACCUUCUGUGAGCUCACAGUCUCUAGUGGACUUAGCGAGCUCAAAGAUUCAAUCAAAGAAAGAAACCAAAGGUUAUGAAGAGCACAAUCUGCCUGCUUCAUCAUUCUCAGAUCAUGAAAUAACACAAGAGCCGAUAAAUAACAAGGGAUUGAAAAAUAAACAGGAGCAACAUAAGAACAUAGAGUUGAUCAGGAAGAAGUACACACUUCAGAAUAAGUCGCUAGCCAAAAACAACUCUCUAAUGAUGCUCAGGAUAUCAGAAAUGGAGGCUAAAGUGAGUGAUUUGAUAAACGAGAAUAUGCUAUUAAGGAAGAGAAGGACGUUUAAAGAUGCAGAAUUGAAAAAACAAUUAGAAUCGAAACUUGUAACUUUGGAAACAGGGUUAAUGCAUAAAUUUGGCGAAAUAUUUGAGAUGCUUAAAGGGGUGAGGAUGAAAGAAGGUAUACCCGAAAACCCCCAGUUAGACGUUUUCAAGAAUUUACUUGAUGAAGCUCCCACAGCAACAUCUACGCCUAUAGAGGAAGUAGCGGAGAUAGAAAAUAGUCCGUUUGUGUUAAAUACUAGGUCGUUUGGACAGCCAUUGAAGGAUGAUUCAUUCACUUUACCUAAAUCCCAUCUAUAUUUGCAUACGGCGGAUAAGGGAAGCAGGCAGCCGACUGUAACUGAAAGAAAAUCUAUUGAAGAGAGGGAAAGCGAUUCUGUUGAAACAAGGCAAAAAGAUAAAAUAUAUCGCGUUAAAGAUAAUUCUGUUGACAAUAUUCUCCUCCAAGGGCUGGAAAAUGCUUCUCCAAUGCAAGAUAUUAAUAUUUAUGAACCCAAAAAAGCUGAGAAACAAGAUACGGAAGCGAUGGAAUUUCCUCAGAAGCUUUCAACUCCCAAUCAAAAGAUUCGAUCUAAAGAGUCUCGCACGUUCGACGUAUACAAUGAUAAGGAUAAAAAUAAUGAUGGGAUAGAUAUUUUGAGUAACAAAAAGGAGUCAAAGCGAACAAAGAUAUCAGGAAAAGCAGCCCAAAAACAGGUGGUAAUUGCUCAAGAUGACCCUCCAAUUAAGGAAGAGGUGCGUCAAGAGGAUGCCCAAGAAGAGGUCCAAGAGGAAGGUCAAGAGGGGGACCAAGAGGACGGUCAAGAUGAGGGCCAAGAAGGAAACAGAAGACCUAGUCGUAGCAGAAAGCCCGUUAGUUAUAAAUGGCCUUCAUUAUCGAAGAAAAUGAGACGACAAUCGGAAAAAUUUGUUGAUGCAGUUAUUGUUCCCGAUGAGGAAGAACCUUCUGUAGACUCAUCUAUUAAGAAGGAAAAUCAAUCGCAUAAUGAGCGAAAGAGAACUAAAGGCACCGAUAAUACGGAAAACAGUUCCUCUAAGAGAUCAAAGCGCCCUCCAUUAGGUAAUGUUACUCUUGCCAACAAUAAUAAAACCAACUCUAGAAAAGAAAACACAGACACCAAGCAUAAUGCGCUUAAUACUAAGGUCCUUCAAGAUACAAAUGACGAGAAUGACGAAGUAGUUCAAUCCAAGAUGAACAUCCAGAUAGAGCGAGAUGAGAAGAAUGAUGCGUCUAUCUUUGAUUUCGACGACGCAAACAAGCCACCAAAAACAUACAAGAAGCGCAAGCAAGGUAUUUCCAAGGGAGAGAAGAGAACAUAUGAAAGCAGAAGGCACAGCAUGUUAAUUUAG